AUGUCUAAGACCUGGGCUCUGAUUCCGUUUCUUCCCGAACACGAUUUUACUCGACGGCAGAGUUUAUAUGAAGUUAGAAAAAUACCAAAUGUAUGGCUAAGUGUAGAAUCUCAAGAUUAUGGCCCCGGCUAUGGAGACGAAUGGCUGUAUUACUUCGACGAAAACAACACUAGACACAUUAUGAACUUCUCUUUGAUCCCGCGAACAACAGCCGGAAUGUUAUUCGGAGAUGCUUACUUUAAUCUUUAUACUAGGGACAAUAGAGAUUCACCAGAACGCCUAACUGUUCACAAAAGCAAUGAUUCUCUGAUAUCCAGCAAAUUUUUCAACAAGGCAAACGAUGUCAGAGUUAUAACACAUGGCUGGCUUUCAUCGGACAAAAUUGAAUGGUUGCAAGAUUUAAAAACAUCCCUCCUAACGGAGUACGAUUUGAAUGUCAUAACUGUUGACUGGAGUGAACUAUCGGAAAAUAUAUUUUAUCCUUGGGCAGCGCUAAGUACGCGAUACGUUGGUAAAAGAGUGGCGCAGUUACUAAAUGCUAUUAUACAAACUUACGACGUUGAAUCCGAAAAUAUCCACCUAAUUGGUCACAGUUUGGGUGCUCAAGUUAUGGGUUACGCUGGUAUGUUCUCCAAUAGAAGUACGUUCAGAAUAACAGGCUUAGACCCAGCGCGGCCUUUAUUUGAAAUACCUAAAUUGCCCGCCGACUUCGUUUUGGAUAAAAGCGACGCUACUUUCGUUGACAUUAUCCAUACGGCGGCCGGUACAUAUGGAUAUUUGAGAAGCUAUGGCCACGCAGACUUCUAUCCUAAUAAAGGUACUGAAGUGCAACCAGGAUGCGGUAAAGAAAGUGUAUGCAGUCACGGCAGAGCGUGUGUUUAUUUCGACGAAUCUGUUUUCUACACAACUGAAACCGGCUUCUUAUCAUAUCCGUGCGGCAGCUGGAAAGAGUAUGAAAACGGAAAUUGCAAAGAAGGCGCGGUUAGCAUGGGAUACCCAGCUCCUAGUACGGCCAGAGGAAAUUAUUAUCUCAGAACUAGAAACGAGUCUAAGUUCGCAGACAUGUAG